AUGCCGGCGCUCUGCCGCCCCCUGAGCCCCACUGCUGCGGGGCCCCUGGUCCUGGCUGUGCCUGUGGUCCUGUCGCUGCUGCUGCCCAGGCCCGCGGAUGCCUGUGGUGAGCCAUCGCACUAUAACACUAUGAAGAUCAAGGGUAAAUUGAAGCCCCACUAUGAGCCCGGGGAGAGAGUGUAUUUCGAGUGUCAGCAAGGAUACAACCACAUUGUCAACUUUACGCUGACAAUAGUUUGCCAAGCCAACAACUCCUGGACUUCUAUCAGAGAAGCUUGUAUGAAAAAAGCUUGUACAUACCCAUCUAUCGAAAAUGGUGAAGUACUAGGUUCCAGUCGGAUCUUUUGGCUCGAUGACGAAGCCAGCUUUUUCUGUGACGAGGGUUACCACUUAGUUGGAGCCCAGGUGCUAUUAUGUAAACUUAAUGGAAAUAAUGCUAUUUGGAGUGAGAGCCUCCCACAGUGCAAAAAGACUUACUGUGCACCUCCUCCGAAAAUAAAGAAUGGAAAAUAUAGUCCUGACCACAAGGAUAUAUUUGAGUAUAACGAAGUCGUGACGUAUAGUUGUGGUUCUUCAAACGAAUCAGAUGAAUUCUCCCUUGUUGGGAAGAGCAGACUUGUCUGCACCAAGACUGGGCAGUGGAGCAGUGUUCCUCCUGAGUGCCGAGUGAUCAGAUGUGAAUAUCCGGUGAUUGAAAACGGGAGACACGUGUCAAUCGGGAGACACCUGUACUACCAGGCAGUGGUCGUGUUCGAAUGCCUAGAAGGCUUUAAUAUCAACGGCAGCAACACGGUGCUGUGUGGCGUCAACAGCACCUGGGAGCCUGCGUUGCCGGAGUGCGUGAAAGAGCGCCCUGCUGUCCUUCACACGGGAACCACUCCUGCCACCACCUCUCCAGCACCUGUUCAUCCAGAGGUCCAGUGUGCAUACCCUGUAGUUGAAAAUGGAAGGCCCACAACCCCAGUAGAGGAAGCCUAUGACUACAGAACCACACUUCAGAUCGAGUGCUACGAGGGCUCCACCCUGAUCGGCCACAGCACCAUCUCCUGUGGGGCGGACGGCACCUGGGAGCCCGCCCUGCCGGCCUGUGUCAAAGCACUGAUCAAUCCCAAGACAGAAGAGGUGGCUCCAGACCGUGUGUCACCACCUGGGAUGGUGUUUCCAGAAGCUUCCCCAGCAGCUGUUCCCGCCGUCUCUGUGGCUCCAGCUCGGCCAGUGGUCAAAUGCGAAUAUCCGAUAGUUGAAAAUGGAAGACCCGUAACUCCAGUGGAAAAAUACUAUGACUACGCGGCCACCGUGCGGUUUGAGUGCUACGAGGGCUUCUACCUCAGCGGCCAGAGCGCGGCGUCCUGUGGAGUCGACGGCAGCUGGGUGCCAGGGCUGCCGAGCUGCUUGAGGGUGCCAGUGGCUCCCAACGCAAAAGCGAUGACUGGUACUGCUUCAGAAUCCGCGCCUCCUCCUGCCCCUCUCCCUCCUGCCUCACCUCCUUCACCUCCUCUGCCUCCUGCACCCGGCCCCCCCACUGCAGGAGCUCCCAGACCCACUGAGAAGCCGCAAGCCCCUACGAGUCCUCCACAAUUAGGUGCGGGGUUCAUUGCUGUGGUCAUCCUGGCUGUCGUCGCUGGGGUGCUGCUCCUGACCGUCUGCCUGUUCAACAUCCUGCAGGGCGUGAAGUAGGAGGCAGCGGCUGAGUCGAGCCAAGGCCUGGCGCCUUCCCCGACCCGCCCCUGUGCAGCUUGCGUCUGUGCUCUGAAUGUCGUCGUGCUAUUUUUUUAAGCAUGUGCCCAGGACCGUGCCGUGCGAUCUUCAUUUCUCUACUAAACGUCUAAACCCCUA